AUGGCCUCCAAGCGCAUCACCCAGGAGACCUUCGAUGCAGCCGUUCGUGAAAACAUUGAAGAGUUCGACAUGGGACCAGAGGAGGCAGUAAAAGAAGCUGUGGAACAAUUUGAAUCGCAAGGGGUGGAUCUGAGCAACAUUGUAAAGCUGGCACCCAAAGUCUCUGCAGAUGGACCCCAGGAGCCUACACAUGACAUCCUCCAGGCCCUGGAUGAUCUACAGGAGUCCGUGGCCCACUCUCGCCCCCAGGAAGUGUCAGCGCAUCUUGCCCGCUUUUUUGAGCAGUGCAAGCAGCACAAACCUUGCCGCUUCCUGGCAGCCCAGAAAGGGGCCUACCCCAUCCUUCUCGCUGCCUGGAAGCUUGCUGUAGUGAGUGACCAGGGCCUCCUGCUCCAGGCCCUCAAUGCCGUGUCGGUCCUGACCGAAGGCCAGCCCGAUCUCCUAGACACCCAGGGCUUGCAGUUGCUGGUGACCACACUGGCCCAGAAUGCCGAUGCAGCCGAUCUGACCUGUUCUGGGAUCCGCUGUGUGUGCCAUGCCUGCCUGAAGCACGAGCAGAAUCGGCAGAGCCUGGUGAAGGCCGGUGUGCUGCCCCUGCUGACCGGUGCCAUCACCCGGCAUGGUCACUGCGCCGAUGUGGUCAAGGAGGCCUGCUGGGCCCUCCGAGUCAUGACCUUCGAUGAUGACAUCCGUGUGCCCUUUGGCCGUGCCCACGACCAUGCCAAGAUGAUUGUGCAGGAGAAUGGAGGCUUGAAGGUGCUCAUUGAGGCCGCCAAAGCAUUCUCUGACAACCCCAGUGUCCUGAGUGAGCUCUGCAGCACCCUAUCCCGCCUGGCUGUCCGCAACGAAUUCUGCCAGGAGGUCGUCGACCUUGGGGGCCUCGGUGUCCUGGUGGCCCUCCUGGCCAACUGCAGCGACCACCAGGUGGGCCUCCAGAGCCGUCUUAGGGACCUUGUGAAGCAAGUGUUGAGUGCCCUGAGGGCCAUCGCAGGCAAUGAUGAUGUGAAGGAUGCCAUUGUUCGAGCUGGUGGGACAGAGUCCAUCGUGGCUGUCAUGACCCAGCACCUGGCCAGCCCCCAGGUGUGCGAGCAGAGCUGUGCAGCCCUGUGCGUCCUGGCCCUGCGAAAGCCAGAGAACAGCCGGGUCAUCAUGGAGGGUGGCGGGGCCCUGGCUGCAUUGCAGGCCAUGAAGGCACACCCGCAAGAGGCCGGAGUGCAGAAACAGGCCUGCAUGCUGAUCCGUAACCUGGUGGCUCGAAGCCAGGCCUUUUCACAGCCCAUCCUGGACCUGGGGGCUGAAGCACUCAUCUUGCAGGCCCGUGCUGCCCACCGUGACUGUGAGGACGUGGCCAAAGCUGCCUUGCGGGACCUUGGCUGCCGCGUUGAGCUCCGGGAGCUGUGGACUGGCCAAAAGGGCAACCUGGCGCCAUGA